AACAAAAGCGAUACUUAACAUCGUUUUUGUUUGUGUCUUUCGUUUCUGUUUGGCUUUAUGACGUUUAAGUUUCCUUAAACGGGUUUUUGGGUGGGUUGACGAACAUUCAGAUGAGGACCAGCCAGAGGACCAACUAUAUCGGUAUUUUUAGGCGAUUAAAACGUUGUCGCUAUGUUUUCAUGGGGAGAGAACACACGCAGGGGGUUUGGAUUGGACAAGGCAAAAACUUUGGACAAAAAUAAUUCCCUUAACAGCGCAGUUUUCAAUCGCAUCAAUUCACAGGUUACGCACUUGUCCGCCGGUAAUCAGUUAGUCGCGUUUAUCAGAAACAAUGGAAAAGUGGCGGUCGCCCGGAUGGUCAAAAACAAUGGGAAAACAAUAACUGGGAAACUGAGAAAUGUGGAUUUCAAUGAAAAUAUUCAUUCUCUGAGCUGUGGGGAUGAUAGUGUUGUGCUACUGACCAAGGCGGGCAGGGUUCUGUGCCUGGACGGCACUACUGUUCCGAGACCUGUGAGAAACUUGGAGAAGAGGAAAAUUAUUCAAGUUGCCUGUGGACAGAAGCAUUGCUUUGCAUUAACAGAAGACUGCCAGCUGUUCACCUGGGGGGAGAACAGUCGGGGUCAGCUGGGUCUGGGCAGGGGGGCUCCCAGCUUUCUGACCCCCCAGCCUCUCACCUCCCUGUGUGGGAUCCCUCUGGCCCAGAUCAGCGCUGGGGGGCAGCACAGCCUGGCUCUGUCCCUGUCUGGAGCUGUGUUCGGCUGGGGCAGCAACCAGGCCGGUCAGCUGGGCCUGGGAGACACUGCAGACAGACACAGUCCUGUUCCUGUACACUGUCUGAAUCUCAAAAAGAUUGUUUUCAUUUCCUGUGGAGAAGGACACACAGCAGCCUUGAGCAAGGGAGGUGUGGUGUUUACGUUUGGCUCGGGCCAGUAUGGACAGCUGGGCCACAUCUCCCUCCUGGAUGAACUACGACCCCGAUUGGUGGGGGAACUCUGGGGGGCAAAGGUCACCCAGGUAGCCUGUGGAAGACAUCAUACGUUAGUGUUAGUAGGAUCCUCCAAUAAGAUCUACUCGUUUGGGCGUGGAGAGCAAGGGCAGCUGGGAAAUGUAGUGAGGAUGGAUCAUCAGACUGUGCCUCUACCAGUACAGCUGCCUCAUGGGACCCCAUCAGGAAUAUCUGCUGGCGGUCAUCAUUCCUUCGCUUGGUGUUCCAUCACCCAGCCACAGGGUGAAGAGCCAGAGUCUGAUGAAGUCUCCGGCAGUCGGGACACGAUGCUCACGCAAAGAGAGGACACGAUGCUCACGCUAAGACAGGACACGAUGCUCACGCUAAGAGAGGACACGAUGCUCACGCUAAGCGAGGACACGGUUGACCGAUGGGUGUCAGGUUGUGAGUCAGACUCAUGGAACAACAUCCAGAGGGAAAUCACCAAAAUAUUCUCCUCCCCGGCCUGUCUGAAUGGCAGCUUCCUUGACAAAAGUUCUGACAAACACUACCAAACCUCAGAAGCACAGUCUGGUCUGGACCUUUCCCACGCAAGGCUAGCCUUCCAGAAGCUAGCUACAAAGGACAAAGUCUUAACAAAGCAGGUGGAGGAGGUGGUCCUGAGGGCCCUGAUCCCUUCCCUGCUCCCAAAGGAGUCCCUGAGCGCGGAGGCUCCUCCGAGCGUGGAGGCUCCCCUGAGCGCGGAGGCUCCCCUGAGCGCGGAGGCUCCCCUGAGCGCGGAGGCUCCCCUGAGCGCGGAGGCUCCCCUGAGCGCGGAGGCUCCCUUGAGCGCGGAGGCUCCCCUGAGCGCGGAGGCUCCCCUGAGCGCGGAGGCUCCCCUGAGCGUGGAGGCUCUGAGGCUGUAUCUGCUCCUGCCUGAGCUGCUCAGGGUUCUAGUGAAGAGGAAGAGAGGAGCAGAAGAAGCCACGCUGGCCGUCGCUGAUGCCCUCCUGCACGCACACACACUCCUCGACAGUCUGUGGUUGAAGCUUCCCUACUCCUUCUUCAGGACGACAGUGAAAAUAUUCCACAGCCUCACUGUCAGAUACUUCAACGGCUUAUUACCAGGAGACUGUGACCCUGACAAGAUGCUGGGCACCACCAUAGGUGUGCUCAUGAAACUGCACAAGGUGAAUGGCAACCGACGCAUACACAUGGCAUCCAGCAAUUUCCACAUUAAGGAAAUCAAGUCGUUGAUUCAGGGUAUGAUGGACAAUCUUCCUAGUUUCCUUACGUUGAAUUUUCUGAAUUACUAUAAACAAUCCUGCAUCUUUGACAUGGAAGCAAAAUGCUUGUUGCACAAGCUGGAGUACACCAUUAAUUUGUGCCGGCAUCCAUUCCUACACUUUUGCCCCUGUCAAAUACUCGUGUGCAGAAAGACCCUACUGCAAGAUGUUUUUAAAUAUCUUCAACAAAAUGUCCACAAUUUCAACAGUCCUUUGGUAGUGAAAUUCCGAGAGGAGGAUGGAUUGGACUAUGGCGGGGUAUCCCUCCAGUUCUAUACCCUCCUGGCGAAAGAACUCCUCAAACCAGAAUCCAAGGUUCUGCAAGUGAACGAACACUCUGCCCUGGCCUGGUUCCCUGUCGAUGUAACUCUUCAUCCUGUACUCACUCAAGUCAAACAUAGGGACGGCAGCAACACUGAGAAGGCCUACCUGCUGGGGGUGAUAUGUGGGCUGGCGCUGUAUAACAGGUGUCUGCUAAACGUCUGCUUCCCAAUGGCUCUUUUCAAGAAGCUGCUGGGUCUCCCUCCCUCCCUGGAAGACCUGAAGGAGCUCUCUCCCGUAGAGGCAAGGAGUAUACAACAGCUGCUGAUGGAAGAUGAAGAAGUUGUAGAGUUGCUGUAUUUAGACUUCACAUAUGGGGGCCAGGAACUCAUUCCAAACGGAGGAAAUGUACCAGUCACUAAAGUCAACAGGCAGAAAUAUGUGGACCUGUAUGUCGACAUGGUGUUCAACAAAUCUGUUGAGUGCCAGUUUACAAAGUUCAGGACUGGUUUCCAGACAGGCUGCCCCCUGCUGGUGUGGAAGAUGUUCCUUCCUGAAGAACUCAUGACUCUUCUCCAUGGAGACAACCAGUACGAGUGGGAGGAGCUGAGAAAGAACGCACAAUACGAAGGAUACUCGACUACAGAUGAGAUCAUCGAAAACUUCUGGACGGUUUUCACAGAGUUUUCAGAGAAGGAAAAGAAAGAUUUCCUGACUUUUCUCACAGGAACCGACAGACUUCCCAGAGGACGUCAUUCCAAACUGCGGCUGAAGAUAGCACGUCUGCACACGCCGUACACGCCGCACACGCCGCACAAGCCGCACACGGACGAAUAUUACCCAGUCGCUGAAACCUGCUUUGAGAGGUUGCAGCUCCCCAACUACAGCAGCAUCGACGUGCUUCGCUGCAAACUGCUUCAUGCCAUCACCCACUGUGAUGUGAUUGGGAAACAAUAAAAGGCUGUUAGAAUUGGAGGUAGUAAAAUAAAGUUUUGGAGAAAAAAAAUCACAACACAAAAGUGUUUUUUGAAAUAUUUUUUUCAACCUUUCAAAACGUAUGGAGGAU